GCGCAUUAAAUCUGACAACGUUGACGAGGUUAUCAAAUAUGGCGUGCUGUCAUUAUUUAUACUUGUAAUAUUUUUAUUAUUUCCGACUUAAAAAUAAUGUUUUCGUGUGGUUUUUGUGCCGUGUGAGUGAGUUUAACUCGGAAUUUUUAUGAUGAGCACUUCGGGACAUAGCCUGGAUACGUUCGAUAUAAACGAUCUAACCCCAGAGAAACAAAAAAUAUUAAUAGAAAUAAGAAGAAGAAAAACUGAAGUUCUACUUCAAAUACAGCAUAUAAAAGAUGAGCUCAACGAGGUGGUGUCGGAAAUGGAGUCUCUCGAUACGGGAGAAGACGGCAAAAACAGCAACAAGACCAAAAUGUUGUCGAUCGGCCGGAAAAAGUUCAACAUGGACCCGAAGAAAGGCAUCGAGUUUUUGAUAGAAAAGGGGCUGCUGCAGCAAACGGCCGGCGAUGUUGCCCAGUUUCUUUACAAAGGGGAGGGUCUGAACAAAACCGCCAUCGGCGAUUAUUUGGGGGAGAAGAACGAUUUCAACGAAAAAGUUCUUCAGUCCUUCGUGGAUCUGCACGAUUUCACGGAUUUGAUCCUAGUGCAAGCUUUAAGACAAUUUCUGUGGAGCUUCCGACUGCCGGGGGAAGCCCAGAAAAUCGACCGCAUGAUGGAGUGUUUUGCGAAGAGGUACUGCGACUGCCAGGGGGAGAACAACAUCUUCGAAAAUUCCGACACCUGCUACGUUCUCUCCUUCGCCAUCAUCAUGUUGAACACGAGUCUGCACAACCCCAGCGUCAAAGAGAAACCGUCGAUAGAGCAGUUUGUUAAUAUGAACAGGGGAAUCAAUCAGGGGUCUGAUUUGCCCAGGGAACUUUUAGUGAGCCUGUACGAGAGCAUAAAAGCGGAACCGUUUAAAAUCCCCGAAGACGACGGUAACGACCUCAUGCACACGUUCUUCAACCCGGACAAGGAGGGCUGGCUGUGGAAGCAGGGCGGCCGCUACAAGUCGUGGAAGCGGCGCUGGUUCAUCCUCAACGACAACUGCCUCUACUACUUCGAGUACACCACCGACAAGGAGCCCAGAGGCAUCAUCCCGCUGGAGAACAUCUCGAUCAGGGAGUGCGCCGAUCGGCAGAAGCAGCACUGCUUCGAGCUGUACGCCAGCGGCGGCGCGGACUUCAUCAAGGCCUGCAAGACGGACAGCGAGGGCAAGGUCGUGGAGGGCAAGCACACGGUCUACAGGAUGUCGGCCUCUUCGGACGAGGAAAGGAAGGAGUGGAUCAUGAGGCUGACGCAAAGCAUAAGCCACAACCCUUUCUACGACAUGUUGGCCACGAGAAAGCGCAAGGCGCAGCUGAAUCCUUGAGUUUGAGGACGAGUUAUGUAUUUUGUAAGUGUGUACAUUUUUAUUUCUUUUUUUGGUCACUUGGUACUAUUUAUUAAAUAUAUUUAAUAAGUAUCUAACAUUUUGCCUUGUUCUUUUGUAAAUAUUUCAAAAACUAUUAAAGUUGCAACAAUAAAAUUUAAAUACGUUAUUAACCUCAAUAUAAUCUACAUUUUUGCCAAAUUUUAACUUUUUAGCUCUAAUACUUUAUAAAAUAUUAGACAAACAAAUAUUGGAAUCAAAAAAUCUUAAAUUUUGGGGUCGUUUGCAAAAUAUUUCGAAAACUAUUUAAGUUGUAGAAAUGAAAUUUGAAUAUGUUAUUAUCACCAAUAUUAUCCACAUUUUUGCCAAAUUUCAACUUUUUAUUUCUAAUACUU